UGCUUCUAGUAAACACUCCGAACAACAAUCAGGGUCGUCAAAUGAAUUCAAACUAUGAUAAUGUGGAUUACUUGCCUUCAGCAACAGCUUCAGGUGGCAAAUGCUCUCAGUACAGAGGUAACUCCACUGAAGAGCAAGAAAGUGAGAGAGAGGUUUGUCUACCUAAACGGACUAAAGUUCUUCUAAUUGUUUUUGCUGUCUGUCUGGUUUUUGCUCUUGGAGGUCUCUGUAUUCUGGGGAUAUUGUAUGUCAGAGUUUCAGUGCAACAGUCUGCCAAGAAUGCUAAUGGCACAAAUUACAAAGAAGAGUUUGAUGUGCUUCACAACCAGGAUAAGAAGACACUUGAAAAGAUGAACAGAUUAAACCAAAGUAAAGGUUUUGCAGUUUGUGCCGUCCACUGGAUUCAUUCUGGAGGAAAGUGUUACUACUUCUCUACAGUCAAGAUGAACUGGACACGGAGUCGAGAUCACUGUGUGACUCUAGGAGGACAUCUGGUGAUCAUAAACAGCAAAACAGAGCAGGAUUUUGUUACCUCAAAUGUUGAAGAGACUCACUGGAUUGGUCUCAAUGAUUUGGAAACCGAGGGACACUGGGUUUGGGUGAAUAACCAGCCAGUUAAGGAUUCAGUAGAAUUCUGGAUGAAACGAAAUAAUGAUAUCAGUGAGCCAGAUAACUGGACUAAAUUUCAUCCAGACGGUGAAGAUUGUGCUGGUCUGGGAGAUCAAUACGGAGGGACGGAUUUCUGGAUGGAUACUUACUGUUUUGAAGAAAAAAGAUUUGUGUGUGAAGCUGAUGCAGCUGUUUAAUUCAUCAAUAGAUCUUUCUCAGAUUUAAUAUUUAAUUUACUCACCAUUAUACAGAACCAACGUCACUGGAACACAGAUACAUUUUGAAGAAUGAUGUGUACUUAAU